GCCUUCUGUUCCUGCAGGGUACACUAGGAGAAGAUUUUGUACUUCAGCCAGCUAAAGUGCAAGCGGACCUAGAGAAUACAUCACAGCUGAUCCCCAGUAUGCUGUGUCCUGAAUGUCUUCCCCUUGCUCUGCAUACUAUUCUAAAUCAGGUGCCAGCUCCUGCAGUAGAGGAUCCUGGAGACUAUACGGAGCUAGAGGAUUUUGAUCCCAAGGAUUUUAGCAGUAGGAGAGGAAGGAACAUUCCCUUCGCUGUAUAUCCGGAGAUUUUAGUGUUAGCUGAUUAUGAGUUGUACAAGAAAAACGAUUACAACAUUCAAAAGACGAAAAACUACGUGGCAUCCUUUAUGAACGGUGUAAAUCUACGCUUCAGAUCAUUGUAUUCUCCAAGUGUAAGUUUACAUAUCUCUGGUAUAAUUGUUGGAACCUCCUCAGGUUCUUUCUCAUUCAUGGGCAGAAGUAUACUUAGCGGAAGUAGAUUAGAGUCGAAUAAGGCUCUCCACGAUAUGGGAGUAUAUUUCUAUAACUCAGAAUCCUUAUAUCCUCAGUAUGAUAUGGUUCUUCUGCUAACUGGACUUGAUAUGGCCAGGGAAAGGUUUGGCGUGAUGAGCAGUUCAACGUCAGGAUACGCAUAUGUUGGAGGAGCGUGUGUCAAGAACGUAAGAUUAGGGAAAAUAUCCAGUGUUGCAAUUGUAGAAGAUACUGGCGGGUACUCAGGAAUGAUAGUUGCUGCUCAUGAGAUAGGUCAUCUUCUUGGGUCCGUUCAUGAUGGUGAUUAUUCACCAUCAUACCUUAGUGGUCCAGGUUAUUAUUAUAUAUUUUAUUAUCAUUAUUAGUAACUUUGGAU